AUUUUUUGAAGAUGAACAAGACUUUUCGCCACCUCAAGUAUAAACGAAGGCCUCCUCACAAGAAAGGCUUUGUUUACUGCCACCAUGCAUCGUGAAAUGACUCCAGUCCUUCAAGAAAUGACGAACUACAAUUACGCGCCUCACCAAAAAGAUUUGGCAUACGAGAAUGAUCGUGCCUUAAACUUUUCAUCAAAUGGCUUUUCCAAGCUUGCAAAUCAAACUGCGCCUUUCUCGCACCAUGACAAUCAAACGGGUGCCAAUUUGACUAAUGAGAAUUUGCAACACAAUACUGCAGGCACUCAAGAAUCUCUCAAUGCCUCACGGCCAAGAAACGCUCAAGCUUUCACUCCUAGCGAAGAACUUUUGCAAUCUAUUGAGAGCAAUUUAAUCAUCGCUGCUGGAGAACACUGGGAGGAAAGCAAGGAUGACAAUGCAAGUGUAGCUUCUGACCUGCCUGAACUGCCUGAACUAGAAGAAGACAACUCUAUUCCAGAAAUCUCGUUUGCCAACGUCAGAAGAUUGCCUUUGCGCCUGCCACGAGCACCUCUGAGGUUCAUCUCGAACCCUCGUGAAGAUCUUCCUGAGCAUCUUUAUCGCCAUGGUUUGGCUGAAGAUGCAAAGAACUUUGCUGCGGCAAAAGGUAUCACUGUUGACUUUGCAUUAGCCAAAUGGGUACAACAUUCAAGCUCACAAGGAGCAACUGGGCUUUUGAAAAUGACAUGCUGGCUCAUGGACACAUUUCACGACAAUAUCAAAGAGCAAUUGUCUGAAGCGCAAGCAAAGAAACAAGCUUUACCAAGACAUUUUGCUAUUCCAACAGCUGAUUUAAACAAGAAAUUACAAGAUGGUAAAGCAAGCGGUACAGGUCUUUCUCUGCCACCAACACAUAUUUUGGCAGUUCAUAGUAGCCAAGCUAACGCUGGAGAAGAAAAUGGUAUGCUCAUUCCGUGUCAUGCCAUGCUCUACGUCUUGCAAUGUGUCUCGUUGCCUCGACUUGGCGAAUCGACGGUAACAAUGGAACCGAAUGAGAACAACGGAUCAAGCCAAUCGUUCCCGGUGGUUCCUAUCCUUGUUCCUCGCCCAAAAGAGUUCGUUCCAGUCCAUCAAUUCAUCUACAAUCGCGAUGCAGCUGCUUUGUUAAUGGAUCUCUUACCUUUGCGCCAAAUUGUGCAAUCUGAUAACCAAACUACUUUGCAACAACAAUUCGCGGCCACUUCUUUGAACGACAAUAUUUCAUAUGGUUCCUAUUUGCCCGUGCUGACCAAUACGCUCCUCGGGAUUGAACAAAGCGUUCAGCUGUUUGCAAGAUCGUCACUUUCUCAGCAAGCGACCGAAUUCUUGGCCGAUCAACCUACCCACGAUCUUUUUGCAAUCGCCUACCGUAUCAAUUCAGUAUGGGCAAAUGGCGUGGCGAUUGGCUUAACCGAUCCAUCCUUUUGGAAUGCCUUACAGACGGGCUGGACCUUGAUCAUCGCUGCUUUGGGAUGCAAAAAAGGAAGAUUAUUCGAUAUCGAAAGUCGUGGUCUUAAUCUUGGCUUACGCAGAUUGUAAAUUCUUGAUCUUAUCAAGCUCGUUGAGCGAGCGUUAGCGGAAACUCUUC